AUGACCGACCUCACCCCAACAUUCUCCGAGCUGCUGCGCAGCAAAUCCCCCUCUUCGAAACUCUCCACAGGCUACAUGACCACCGAAAUCGCCGACGAAUUCCUCAAAGAAGCCUACCGAAUUAAUAACCAUAUAACAUCCUUACUAUCCUACCUCCACACAAUCCGCCCCUCCUACCUCUCCCUCACCACAAAACCCACCACCAAACAACAACACCAACACCAACAACCAGAGAUCCUAGACGACACCGCCCGCGACACCAUCACCACCACCACCUCGACCCUCCUAUCCAACCUCUCCACCUCAAUCACGACCCUCAGCGCAGCGGAGAAUCUCCGCCAGGAAACCGUCUCUAGAAGCAUAACGCAGCGGUUCGGGAAGGGGUUGUUGGCGAAGUGGGCGGGGGGCGCGACACUGUCCUCUGGGAAUAAUGAUAAUAAUGAGGGAAAGGAGGAAGAACAGGUCGUGGAAGAAGAGAAGGAGAAGGUGUUGAAGGGGGUGAGGGAGAGUGUGCUCUUCUAUCUGAGGAUUAAGUUGGGAGGGGUGGUUAAUGAGCAGAGGGAUAUGGUUGAGAAGAGGAUUGAGAGGGUUAGGGAGAGGGAGAGGAGUGUUUUGUAUAAAUCAAGUGGUGGUAAGGGUGGAUGGGGGAGUGUGGAUGGGGGAGAGUGGAGGGGUGAUGUUGCUGGAGGUGGUACUACUACGGGAAGUGUGAUGAUGGAUGAGAGUGAAGUCAAGGAGAUCGAGAAGCAGCUGACCCCUCAGCAAUUGCAGCUCUUUGAGGAGGAGAAUGAUUCCAUGGUCAAGUAUUUUGAGGAUGUGGUGGGGAAGGUUCAGUAA